CGACGACAGCCGUGCUGGUGGAGGAGGCAACAUCUACCUGUGUAUGAUGAUCCUGCGUCGCUGUGUUGCGACAGUGACAACACAGUACAGCACCGUGAGCAACGUCUGUAACAAUUUACUUUACCAAAUCGGAAAGGACAACUCAGUGUUUUGAAAGUGAGCCGUAUCUUCGAUCUAGAAUACAAACUAUUCCUUGAUGACAUGUUAAGAUGCGCUUACUGUGGAGAUGAUAUCCCUCCAGAGAAAACUCCUGUAACAGACAAGAAGUACCACGAGGAAUGUAUAACGAGUAACAUCCGAAGGGGAGAAGAGGCUCUUGCAAUCUUCAAAAGAAUUUCCACUCAGUCCAAUGUAUUGUGUAUGGCAAUACACGUAAACUAUCUGCAUGGAUUAGCAGGGACACAAUCUGAACCAAAAAAGGACAAGAGGGAAAAGAGGGCUCUGAAAGCUUAUGAACUGCAGAAAAAAGCUACUGCCCUUCGCAAUACAAACUCUGGACAUAUACUUAUACAUCUGGUAGGGCGUGACCGAGAAGACCACUUCACUGGCGCAUUUAACGAAUUUGCAGAUGAAAAGCUUCACACGCUUAUACAGGAUAAAAGUCUCUUCACUGAUGUGUACACUAAGCGACUCUUGAGUGACUAUUGCACUGGUUUAAAGGACUUAAAGGAGGAAAGAGAUGAAGUGUUGAAGCAUUUGAAAGAAUCCAUACGAGAGAAAGAAAAUGAACAUUUUCGUCUGAAAGAACAGCUAGAAGAGCAGCAGCAGAAGCUGGAUGACAAAGAUGACAUGCAAGACAUCUUGUUGGAGAAUAGGUUGAAAGAAGUUGAGAUACUGAAAGAACUUAAAAAGCUGAAAAAAGCUUUGAAAGCGAAUGAAAACCAGGAACUAUAUACUGAUAUAGAUGACACGUUACUCAGGAAGGUCCAUUCUUACACAGACUUCAUAGUACUCUACGUAGAGGGCGGCGUGAGUCUAACUACAUCUGACCCAAAGACAAAGAUAUCCCUCGAUGAUCGAAUAAUUGAUCCGUCAGAUCAAACCUUGAUCACUUUCCUGAAACAAAGAAGACAUCUAACAGACUUGUAUCGAGAAAGACGGUUUGAAGAUUUACAAGUGUUGAACGAAAAUAGAUCAAUUCAGUUCAAAGGAUACUACAAAGGGGAAGAAACAGAUGCAAACAUAGUUGGUUUUAUGUUUGAUGACUACAAAUUACUGCAAUAUAUAAGCGCGUUUACAAAAAUCCCUGAUGGUGGCUCAUAUUUUUUCGGUAUUGCAGAAAAAGAUGUACCCUUUAUUGACUACAAGUCUAAGAAGGUGGAAAUGCAGUAUGUGCCUAUCAAGGACCAUGAGAAAGUAGCGCUUAUGAUAAAAGAAAGAAUCACGGAGUCUGUUCUCGCAUGCGAUUACGAUGGUAAUAUCAACCAGGUCAUCCAUGUGGAUGUUUUCUUCAUUCCUUCCAGUCAAGAGCAUGCUUCUGAAUCCAAAGAACUAGCAAUCCAAGUACAAGUCCGGCCUGUGAACGGAAUAGUGUUCUAUGAUAAAGAGGGCCCGCUUGCUUACAAAGUGGAAAAGGAUGCUGUAUCAAAAUACACUCUCAUUGAAUGGUUUUACGCAGUCACUGGAAAUAGUGUAAUGAAGGAAACAAGAGUGGAAACGCAGGUAUAGAGAUAUGAAAACAUUACAGAAGAAAGUACAAGGGGGCGAGGAGAGGAAACUCUGCUUGAAUAGCAAAGACUUCCUGCGUCCAAGCUUGAAACAAAUAGAUACCAGCAUUAAUGAGAUUAAACAUCACUUUGUUCAUCAAGGUUCAGUAACCAGAGUUCCAUCCAGAUUAGCUGAUAUCUGGCGGGAUAUUAGGGAAGAAGUUCAUUCACUUCUGAAGAAAGAUGGAUUUUUGUUUCAUAGAAACAUACUAAGUGGUUUGAAAACAUGUGGAGAGCUUACUGCUUUUGUGCAUGUGUCAGACUCAUUAGCUUUAACAUUAGAUUUCCCAGUCCUACCAAGGGAGGAUCGUAUGAAAUGUGAUGUUCUCAUACUUAUGCCUCAUCAACCUAUUAUAGUGCUGACCCUGCUCGACAGUGACAAUAGGACAAGGAUUGCUGUAGAUUACAACACAGCUGUGGCCACAGAAGUGACAUCAAAACUACGCAGAUUCACAACUGAAAACGUUAACGUUGUACGUGGAGUUGUGUGCAGGACUGAUCUGGUGAAUAAUGACAUGUGGUACAUAAAGUUGAGGGAGAUUGCAGUCUUAUCUUCAUCCUUUGUCCCAACAUCUUCUUUGUUGAUGACUCCAUCAAAAUACGAACAUGUCAUGAUGGCCUUCUGUGCAGCUGUUGCUGAAACAAAGUCAGUCCUGACAGAGACCGGUGAAGUUGAUGACAGUUGUAUCAAUUUUCUUACCAAAGACCAGUGUUUCUGUUUUCUGGAGAACAUGAACAGUAAAUAUGUCAAACUGAGUUAUGGUCCGGGAACUGGAGCGACAACUCUUAUGCUGGAAGUGGCGAGGAGACUGAACAGAUUGGGGGCAACUCUGCUGGUGUGUAGCUCCAACGAAGAAAGGGACAGACUCAG